AUGGCUAAGAGGAAAUUAGACAGAAGGGAAGGAGGAUCUCUCUGUCGUGAGUUCUCUACUCAAAUCAAGGAGAUUUGUGAUUUGCUUGCAACUAGUGGUAGCCCUGUCUCGGAAGUAGAUCAGAUCGUCACUCUUCUCAACUGGUUUCCUUCUGAGUUCGAGCCUUUUGUGGCUGCUAUUACGGUGAGUCUUGAGCCAUGCACUAUUGACACGGUAACAUCAGUUCUUAUUGAUGCAGAGUCUCGUCUAAACACUCAUGUGAGGGCUUCUGUUAGUAUCAAUAUGGCGAGGCAUAAACAGUCCAGGGCAGCUGUGGAUGAUGGUCGUAGUUACAGUAAUGAUCGUUCGAACAAUAGUCAAGUUGCAGGUGGUGAUGCUAUUAAUAGAUAUAGCACAGUAGAUACUGCUCAGAUCAACUCUCUCAUUGCUAAAUGGGUUAUUAAUGUCUCUGACAAGUGGUAUCCCGAUUUAGGAGCAACGCACCAUGUAACAUAUGAGAGGCCUGGUCCAUCCUUGUCGCAACAAUACUCAGGUAAAGGCAAGGUUUACUUAGGUGAUGGUUCUGUGUUCCAAAUUUCUCAUGUUGGUCAAAUUGUGUCAACUGUGAUCUAA